AUGGCCGCGUAUGGACCGGCUGUGAUCAGAACGCUGUUGAAUGGCCUACCUAGUGUUGGAUCACUGGAACAUGUUAUUUCCAACAUGGAUUACCAGAUUGAUAUCAACUCACGAGAACUUGACGAAUGCCUGCAGGCUGUGUUGACAUUCACAAAUGAGUUGCCUGGCAACAAGUGCUUAAGUUCACCUCAGGACACCCUUAAAUACAUGAUCAAUUGCCAUGUUUUGGAAAAGAGUUCUUGCUAUGAUCUUGACAUGGAUGACAUCAUUAGAAUAUUGCAGCAUGUUCAAACUAGUCUUGAGAACCAUCCAGGAUGUGAGGAACUAAUUCUUGAGGAUUUGAUGACCCUCUCUUCUUCUGAGGGCAUCUCUCUUCCUCUCCGCUCUUCUGCCACACCUCGUGCCGAUGACUCAGUGGCAUCCCUCAACUCAGUCCAGGACAACCAUGAGGUGCUUAUUGAACAACUCUGGGACCAGAUUGCCCUUAAGUUUCGCAGGUACUUCACUGACAAAUUGUCCAAAUUACCCCUUCGUGGUUUUGAACAGGAACUCAACCUGCAGGAACAGAAUCGUAUUGAGUAUUUGCAGAGUUUGGUCAUGUUGUAUCAGCCAGAUGAUAUUUGGUUCUGUUACCAGAUGCUGCGUGUUCAACAGCUCGAGACUUACUUCAAUAGUCUGUUGCCGCAAUCAGGAGAAGAUGAAAAACUGGACAUAGCAGCCAUCACCAAAAACUGUUCUAUGUUGGCUGCUUUGAUUACUGGGAUGAUUGAUGAAGACUUUGCCAUCCUCACUACAGGAAUAUUCAAGAAAGCAUCCAGCACAUUCAAGGCCAUCCAUGACCUCUAUCUUGAUAAGUACGCUGAUGAGAUGUCAGCACUCAUUGAAGAAAUCUAUGAUGAUCUGAAAGAUAUCAUACAUAGAAACUCUGCCCAGUCUUCGAGUGAGUUCCUUUUUGAUGCCAACCAUAAGAAACCCUUGUUGAAAGGCUACUCAAGUACGGCUGAACAGGGCUUACUGAGUGCAGGCGGACGAAGAGGUAGCCACAGUCGCAAAGCUUCUAUUGUUAUCUCUCGGCAUUAUCUGCAGUCCUUGCGGGACAUCCUUCUCUCGGUUUUUCACAUCGAUGAGCACAUUGACUAUCUUUACAAAAUGGCUACCACCAGCGGGAGCAGCACUAUCAGCAACAAGAGACGUGGAUCUAAAGGAAGCCUUCGAGGAGUGCUGAAGUCUGUUAGUCCAGAAGUGCUUCGUCGGAAAGGCAGUAACAGCAGUGAAGGCUCUACAUCCGAAUCAUCCUCAAUGAGGUCCCAGAGUCCCCUGCUUGAUUGUCGACCUGCCCCCAAAGUGAUUGAAAAAACCAAAGUCGAAGAGAAGCCCAUGUGGGAAUGGAAGUUGAUUUUCAAACUAAUUGUUGCUGACCUUGUACAAUGUGUUGAGCAAAUUGUAUGGACUAGUGCCAGUGCUGCCCUAGAGAAGGAGCAGAAAGACUGGGAGAUUGCACACACUCUGGACGUUUUUGAACUACCAAGAGAAAUGGUAUCUGGGCGUCUUGAUUAUCCACGUGUAAUAUCAAAGUGUGUCCAUGAAGUGAUGGAAGAUUUGGACAUGUUGCUGCCCUUUGCAAAGGCUGGUAAUGAUGGCAUUCUACACCCUGUGAAAACUGCCUUUGUCCAUUCAGCUAAUCAGUUAUUUAGUAACAUUCAUGGACACUACCUUUCAAUAAGUCAGGAUAUACCUAAAAAAGCUGCAGCUAAGUUAUUGUUGGUUGUACUAUCAAGUACUGUCUAUAUUCGCAAUCAUCUCUGUAUCUAUGAUGAAGUUCUGGCUGAAGAAGAUGGAGAGAAAGAAAGAUUUGAGGAGGUGUUAGAAAGAGAAAGAAAGAGUUUGGAAAUGUCAAGAAAGAAAGAAGAUUUUGAGAAGAUCAAAUGGACUAGACGAGCACCUGGAAAAACAACAAAUGCUGAUCGGAAUAAGAAAAAGUCCUUCCUGAAUCGCUAUCAACAGUUUAUGGAACUUACAGACAUUUUGACUCAUCAAGUAACUCAAGUUCAUAACAACCUGUUGUCCAACAUCUUGUAUGAUGCGGAGAGUUACCAUUGGGCUGAAGAGAAGGAAUUUUAUGAAAACGAGCGCUGUUCUUUUCCAAUCCAAAUGUGGCACCAGCACUUGAAUGGUUUACGCACCGACCUUUGGUCUAUUUGUCCCCCCAAGUUAGCUCAGAACAUCUUCACACAAGUCCUGUAUGAGUCACUGGCUAUCUUAACCCGCAGGUACACACGCAUCAAGCCUAGUUUCCGACGAGUUGUCCAGUUUAGGAUGGACAUUACCACUAUUCUUCUCUGUAUGUUUGACCAAAUGAUGUAUGUAUGUGACAGCAGCUCCAAACUCCUUGAGCCUGGCUACCACCAGCAGCCUUAUUAUGACAUCCACAAUAUGUGUUCAAUCCUCUUGUCCACCUUGGCUGUUCUCACCUCUCCUGUUGAUCUCUUGUACAGAGCCUGUAAGAAGAUGCACCAAGCACAGCAAGAAAACUCAUUCAGUCGUAAUUCACUCCUUGUUGAUGACAACAGAAGUUACAACUCCCACUGGAUAUCUUGGGUUCAGCCAGGUUUGCUGCAACCUGAACAGAAAAAUUAUGGUGAUCUUCUAACUACUGUCGCCUUGUAUAUCCAUACAAAACUGCUGGUCAGUCAACCAGAGCCUCUUUGGCCACUUGUUGUCCAGGCUAUCGUGAUGAAAAACUACACUCUGCCUAUUCUGUUUAUGACACAAAGUUUGUCACAAGGUGACAGGGUCUGUGUUCAGAGGCUAGACAGACGCAGUUCAGUGGCCCCAACAGAAAAAGAAAUCCUGCUGAAACGGCUUUUCAAUUCCAUUUGCACAGUUUUGUUGCAUAUGUCCCUACACUUCCCUGACGGCCUUGGACGUGUAAUUCUGCCUGUCAUUGAUCGUUACAAUCAGUGGAAUAUGAUUGAACAACUGGGUGCCUGCAAUUAUUCUAAUCCAAUGAUUCCUAUUUGGUUAGAAACCAUCUUUAACAUGCUGAAGCCAUUUACACUCAGAGUGUUGAAGCCUGUACUAAAGAAAUUAUUGAAUCAUCCAAACAGUACCAGGGAGAUAGAAUCUGUGAUGUCCGUUAUAUCUGACCUUCCUUGUGGUUGUGUUCCCCAAAGUAUUGCUGCCUUCCGAACCAAGAGACAACAAGGCUGUGCUCGAGAUCAAGUUGAGUCUUCUGUGCUCGAGUUAAUCAGACAAGUAUCAGAACAUGUCUAUACGCUCCCAACAUCGUUAUGUUCUAUGUUCAGAAUUCUACAAGAUGCUGCCAAAGAGAAAUCUAUUCAGUUUGCCCAUGAUUGUCUUGGGUUGCAGGUGAUUGCUUUAUGCCUGAAGACUCAACUCUGGGCAGGGAUGUCUGUGGAAAAGAUGGCUGGCACAUCUUUCAGUCCAGAAACCAAAGACACACUCAGUAUCCUUGCAGAGAGCAUCUAUACAACACUUGUUCAUUCAGAAAUCGAACUUGGUACCAUAGAAGUUGGUAAUUUAUUGCAGACUAAGCACAAUGAUUGGAUCAACAAGAAAAUCCGAAGCAUUGUCACAUUCUUUAAUUCUGAGAGUUGCUUCCCUCCUCCCCGUCAUUUGCCUGAAAAUACAAUCCCUGAUUUUGCUGAGCAGUUUUAUAUUUCAACCUGUAAUGAAGUUCUUGAAGGCCCAUUAGGUCAAGAAUGUCUGUCAGAUAUUUUCUGGCUCAUUGUGCACAACAUGGGUUGGCUGGAGACCCAACUUGACAUUCAGACUACUCUACCACGGAACGAAGAAAAAGCCCAUGCUUCAUUCACCAUCAACUUUCUUCCUGUUGCUCCUCCUUCAUUCAACCCUCUUGCUACCUUUGAUGAGAUUGGAAAUGCAAAAUUGGAUGCAGAGAAAAUAAAUAAAUUUGACUGCAAUUGGAAUGAUCUACUUUUUCGGGAUCUUGGACUGAGCAUCUAUGGACUUCGCACAUUGCUGAUGAACAGGCAUGAUAUGCAAGAGGGUGCAUUUUUGGAGGAACAUGAACGGAAACCUGUCGAUGGACUCCGCCUACUGCUUGAUUAUGACACCAAUGAUCUCCGCUAG